AUGUUCAUGUAUUUUCUUGGAUUCAUUUAGAAUUUGAACGAACUAAGAAGCAUCGUAUCCCUCAAUGUUGGACAAAUGGAAUAUGAUGUAGGAUUACAGCAUUGUUUGGAAAGCCAGUCCAGAGUAGCCACUUAGUAUGUGGGUUCCAGUAUCCAUUGUGCAAUGAGCAGUCAAGGUCAGUAGUGGGGGGUUGGGGGCGCAUUACUCAUCUUAAGGGUCUGGGGACCGACCCGCGAGUUAAAAUUAUGGGCAGCAUCCGCUGUCACAGAACCCAGUAAACCCGUGCGUAGCAGCCGCCCUUGAGCGAACUCAUGAACAUACCACGUGACAUCAGAUCUUCUCUAGGUUGAGGGAGAGUGAGAGAGAGAAAGAGAGAGAGCGAGCGCGCAGCAUCAGCACCAGAACCGAAACUCGUAGCAGCAGCAAGCCAGAGUGCGCCAGUCUUCUGUUAAAAAUUAACUGGAAGAAGCACGUUGAUUUCCGUCAGUUACUUCUGUCCCCAUCUCACAAAGAGAAACUUUUCACCGUUUCUCUGGACAGGUUAAGGUUCUGGGUCUUAGACCUGACACAUCCCACCUGUGUGUUUUUCCUUGAAUGAUAAGCUAUUACGAUCUCAAGGUGGAGCCCCGCGUGUCUAGGCUCACUACGCUCCUUCAGGGGCUAGGGUGCGCACCCGGUACGUCCCGAUUCCUACCCGGUUUCGUCUCGGAGUCCGAGUCUGAUGCUCCUGGCCGCCGAGCCCGAAGGACCCCCUCCACUCGGAGCAGGAUGCCAGUGAUGAGAGGUCUCCUGGCACCGCAGAAUACCUUUCUGGACACCAUAGCCACGCGCUUCGACGGCACCCACAGUAACUUUGUCCUGGGAAAUGCACAGGUGCACGUACAGUACCCAAUUGUGUACUGUUCUGAUGGGUUCUGUGAGCUGACGGGUUUUGCUCGGGCUGAGCUGAUGCAGAGGAGCUGUGCAUGUCACUUCCUGUAUGGCCCUGAGACCAGCGACCAGCUUGUAGCACAGAUCCAGGGAGCGCUGGACCAACGCACUGAGUUUAAGGCAGAGCUGGUCUUCUACAAGAAGGCAGGUACACAGUUCUGGUGUCUGCUGGACAUUGUGCCAAUAAAGAAUGAGAAGGGAGAGGUGGUUCUGUUCUUGGUUUCUAACAAAGACAUCACAGACAACAAGAAGGACCAGGCCUCUCAGCAUGGUACCAGUGCAGAUGACGACCCCAGUGCGGAGACGCGCAAGGUCGGCCGUCCCCCACCCUUCAGUCCCAACCGACGACGCAGCAGGGCCGUGCUCUACCAGCUGUCCAGGCACCUGCAGAAAAAGGACAAGAACAAGUCUAAGAUUAAGCUCAACAAUAAUGUGUUUGUGGAGAAGCCUCCCAUUCCGGAAUACAAGGUGGCCACCAUUCAGAAAUCUCGCUUCAUCCUGCUCCACUACGGCACCUUCAAGGCCGGCUGGGAUUGGCUGAUCUUGCUGGCCACCUUCUACGUGGCAGUUACUGUGCCCUAUAACGUUUGCUUCACCGUGGGAGGGGCACGGGAGGAAGGAAGCCCCGCCCCCCGCAGUCCCCCCAGUGUCAGUGACAUCCUGGUGGAGAUCCUGUUCAUGCUGGACAUCGUGCUGAAUUUCCGCACCUCCUACGUGAGCACGUCGGGCCAGGUGGUGUACGACGCGCGCUCCAUCUGCGUUCACUACGUCACCACCUGGCUGUUCGUGGACCUGAUCGCCGCCCUGCCCUUUGACCUCCUGUACGCCUUCAACAUCAGCGUGUAUUUCGGCGUGCACCUGCUGAAGACGGUGCGCUUGCUGCGGCUGCUGCGGCUGCUGCAGAAGCUGGACCGGUACUCGCAGUACAGCGCCGUGGUCCUGACCCUGCUCAUGUCCAUGUUCGCCCUGCUGGCCCACUGGAUGGCCUGCGUCUGGUACUUCAUUGGCCGCCGGGAGAUUGAGAGCCACAGCCCCGUCACCUGGGACACAGGCUGGCUGCAUGAGCUGGCGAAGCGGCUGGGCACACCCUACUUCCUGUCACCUUUGACCUCGCUAUUUGGAGUCUCUGGUUCCCUUCCUACAACACCAUCUGGACCAGCAGCCAACAGCAGUCACUGGAACAUCUCCGGUGUGGAGCUAAUGGGGCGGGACCACUGGAACUCCAGCCAAUGGAACGCAUCAUGGGCGGGGUCAGGCUCAGGUUCAGGGCGGGUGCCCAGCCAGUGGAACAGUUCGGGGGCAGUGCUUGUGGGUGGGCCCUCCAUCCGAAGCUCCUACGUGUCAUCACUGUACUUUGCCCUGAGCAGCCUUACCAGCGUGGGCUUUGGGAAUGUCUCAGCCAACACCGAUGCAGAGAAGAUCUUCUCCAUCUGCACUAUGCUCAUCGGGGCACUGAUGCACGCUGUGGUGUUUGGGAACGUGACGGCCAUCAUCCAGCGCAUGUACUCGCGCCGCUCGCUCUACCACACCCGCACCAAGGACCUGAAGGACUUCAUCCGCGUGCACCACCUGCCCAAAGCCCUGGAGCAGCGGCUGCUCGACUGCUUCCAGACCACCUGGUCUGUCAACAACGGCAUCGAUGUGGGCGAGCUGCUGAAGGAUUUCCCAGAUGAAUUGCGCGCGGACAUCGCCAUGCAGCUGAAUAAGGAACUGCUGCAGCUGCCGCUGUUUGAAUCGGCCAGUAGGGGGUGCCUGCGCUCCCUGUCACUCAUCAUAAAGACGUCCUUCUGCGCCCCGGGGGAGUUCCUGAUUCGCCAGGGCGACGCCCUGCAGGCCAUCUACUUCGUCUGCUCCGGAUCCAUGGAGGUGCUGAAGGACAACACUGUACUGGCCAUCCUGGGGAAGGGAGACCUGAUUGGUUCGGACUCCCUGAUGAAGGAGCAGGUGAUAAAGACCAACGCCAACGUGAAGGCGCUGACCUACUGCGAUCUGCAGUACAUCAGCCUGACCGGCCUGCGGGAGGUGCUGAGCCUCUACCCCGAGUACGCGCAGAAGUUCAUCGGCGAGAUCAAGCACGACCUCACCUACAACCUGAGGGAGGGCCACAGGGCCGAGAUGGACUGGGAUAAUGGCAACAUUGUGAAGAAGCUUCCUUCCAUCAAAGAGGAUGAGGAGGGAGAUGAUGAAGUGCACUCGUCUCAAUCACGGGUCCCCCGCUCCGCACCCCAGUCUUUCUGCCCCCCAGCAGAGCAGUCUCACCCCGCCAACCUGCACGUCCCCACUGUCAGCAUCAUCAGCACCCCCCUGAACCUCAGUCCCCGGUUUGUGGAUGGCAUUGAAACUCAGGGUCAUGUUCAGGCAUCACAGAGGUUUGACUUCAACACUACCCUUAAAUGCCCUGGACCAGGAAGUGAGGAUCAGGCAGAGAACAAGCAGAGCAUUUCCAGGCUGGGGGAGGAGAUGAACAGCUUGUCGCGGCAGGUGUUGCAGCUCAGUGAGGAGCUACAGGAACUGACACGUCUCCUGCGGCCCCUCCUCGUCCUGUCCGUCCUGACCCCGACUCGGACCCCGCCAUGCAGUAUCAGCAGCAGCGCGGGCCCCCUGGCCACCCUGCCCGCCCCCGCCACCCCGCCCCACUUCCUGCUGGACAGCUCAGACUCUGGGGGAGCGGGAGGGCGGCUGCUGGGCUGCCCAAUACCUCCACAUCCUCCACAAAGGAACCGUCUCCAGCCACAGGACCCCCCAGAUCCUCCAGCAUCCCCCACGGGCACACGGAACAGACUGGCACACCCUCCACAACACCGCCAGCCCCUUGCCUCCCGUAGCCCCUCCCCCUCUCCAUGCCUGGGCCCCCACCGCUCCCUUCUGGCCUGCCACAGCAGGGAUCUGCAGGCCCCGCCUCCGACCCAGGACACGCCCCAUUCUCCCACUUCCUGCAUCCCCUCCCCACUGCCGUUCAGCAGUGAACCCCAGGCCUGCCCUUCCUGGACCCGCCCCAUUCCCAGUCCCGAGGCCACGCCCCCACAGGAGGCGAGCACGGUGCGGAGCCCGCCCACCGAGCACGUCAGCUUCAUAAACGAGGAAGAGGAGCUACCCCUGUGAGAGAGGUGCAAAUGGAGAGAGAGAGAGAGACAGGGAAAAAGAAAUCCAGAGAGGGAGAGAGGGACAGGAAAAAAUAUGUAAAGAGGGGAAUAAGGAAAGCGAGUCACAGAGGGAGGGAACUGUAACACAACCAGCUCACAGACUGCAGAUCUUAACUGUCUGAGAGAAACUUGCGUACGGCCAAGUCUAACUACCUGAGCAGCACUGCUCCCAACCGAUGCAGUUACGACACAACACUUCCCAAGCGUUCUGAGGAACAGUGCUUCCCGGACUGUGGGUUGCAAAAUGCACGUGAGAAACGUAACUAAUAUUAUAUUAUACACAUUCACACUAGUCACAUUAAACAUUGCACCAGCAGUUUGCUAACGAUUUUCUUGCCUGCAGCCUGUUUGAGAAACAGUAGCCUGCAAGUUAGAUACAGAAGACAAAUAUGAAAGUUGAGAUUUUCAUAAAAAGACGAUGACAAGUUUGAGCUGUCACCUAUGAGCUAGUCUGAGCCACCAUUUACAAGGCUAAGGAUUCGUGAGCCAGAGCUAGUAGGAUAACUGAAAAAAACAGAAGUUUCUCUUUUCGUCAUAAUUUUAAAUAAAUUAAAUAAAAACAUGUUUUCAGCAGUGGAAUCUAUGGGAUUCCACAUUUAAUGCUGUUGUAUGUGGAAUUUAAAAUAAGAUAAAUAUGCUGAUUAAUUGUGAACUAAUUGGUAAAAAAUAAAAAUUUUAUUGUCUGACAGCCCCCCCACCCCAUUAAAACAUGCAUUUUAUAUUUUAAAAUAUUUGAGUGAGUGAAUACAAUUUUCAUAUCAAUAAGUGGUUCCUGGGCUCAAAGUUUGGACCCUCCUCUCUAUGAGUGGAGAGUUAAUAUGGAUUAAGAACAUCGAACAUGCAUUUACAUUACCAGUGGACACAGACAAUGCUGCCCAGGGCCACACAGAGCCUUUAACCAUGGCAACCCCAUGCUACCCCAGUUCAAACCUCAGGGCAGCACUGAUCACCAUAUGUACAUAUCAGCACGUUGUGUUUUUCUCAGAGGAAGUGGUCACGGUUGCCAAAAGCAUUCCUUAAUUUCAGCACACACGGUAGCAGUGUGAGCGCUGGUGGCUUCCACACGCUGAUCUGGGUGAGCGGGCUCGAGUGGCAUGCUCAAGCCUGUGGGUGAGUGGGCUCGGGUGGCAUGCCCAAGCGUGUGGGUGAGUGGGGUUGGGUGGCACACCCAAGCCUGUGGGUGAGUGGGGUUGGGUGGCAUGCCCAAGCCUGUGGGUGAGUGGGCUCGGGUGGCACGCCCAAGCCUGUGGGUGAGUGGGCUCGGGUGGCAUGCCCAAGCCUGUGGGUGAGUGGGCUCGGGUGGCAUGCCCAAGCGUGUGGGUGAGUGGGCUCGGGUGGCACACCCAAGCCUGUGG